AUGCUAUUUGACCCAUUGUCACGGAUGCUUUGCCCAUCCUGUCAUGCUACUGCUACUUUCGCAUUCACUCUGGCUAAUGCGUUUGCUAUUAUGAUGGCAACGCAGGAAACAGCUCCUGCCUCUGCUCCCAGUGCUGAAGUUGUUGGCAAUGCUUUCGUGGAGCAAUAUUACCAUAUUCUGCACAAAUCACCGGGAUUGGUACAUAGAUUUUAUCAAGAUUCAAGCUUGCUAAGCCGACCAGAUACCAAUGGCAUUAUGACAACUGUUACUACCAUGCAAGCAAUCAAUGACAAGAUCCUUUCAUUGAAUUAUGAAGAUUACACAGCUGAGAUAAAAACGGCAGAUGCUCAAGAGUCGUAUGAGAAAGGGGUUAUUGUCCUUGUAACUGGGUGCUUAACCGGAAAGGAUAACGUGAAAAAGAAAUUCACACAAACAUUCUUUCUCGCUCCUCAGGACAAAGGGUACUUUGUAUUGAAUGAUGUAUUUAGGUUUGUUGGAGAGAAUGAACCAAUGGAAAACACUUCUGCUUUGGCUAAUGGCAUCAGCGAAAAUGCUCCAUCUACUGCCUUGACAGCAGAAUCAGGUUGGGAUGAAGUGGUAGAACCAGAGCCCACUCAGGCUACUGAUCAUCUUACGGUGGAUCCUGCUGCUUCCUUUGAAGAGGAAGAUCUAAAUAAUGGUGCUGAAGUUUGUGAUCCUUCUGAGAAGGAGGAUGGGUCAGUGAUUGAAGUAGAGGUAGUUGAACCUUCAACUGAUUCAACUCAGAAUGAAAUUCUUGCAACUGUUAAUGCAGCUCCUGCAUCCAUGGAGGAUGCUCCAAAGAAAUCAUAUGCUUCAAUUGUUAAAGUGAUGAAAGGUUAUACAACUUCUCGUCCAGUCCAUGUUUCUAUGACUACUACGAGAGCUGCACCCAUAAGUGUUGAACAACAGUCAGUUAACUCUGCAAAGGCAGCUGCACCAGAGGCUUUGGCUUCAGCUGGGGGCAGUGCUGGUGAAAGUAGUGAUGUUCAUGAAGAAGCUGAAGGUCACUCUAUAUUUGUAAAAAAUUUACCUUUUAAUGCAACCGUUGUACAGCUUGAAGAGGCAUUUAAAAAAUUUGGGCCAAUUAAGCAUGGUGGCAUUCAAGUCAGGAGUAAUAAGCAAGGAUUCUGUUUUGGCUUUGUUGAAUUUGAAACCAUGAGUUCCAUGCAGAGUGCUCUUGAGGCUUCACCUAUCAAUAUUGGGGAUCAUCAAGCUAUUGUUGAGGAAAAGAGAACCAAUACACGAGUUGGAAGCAGUGGAAGAGGGAGGUAUUCUUCAGGAAGAAGUGGGUUUCGGAGUGACAGUUUUAAGAGCCGUGGGAACUUUGGUGGGGGUCGUGGACAUGGGAGAAAUGAAUUCAAAAACCAGGGUGAGUUUUCAGGGCGGCCUAGGGGUUCAACUGGACGCGCUGGAGAGGAUCAUCAGCGAGGUAACCAGAAUGGAAGCAGAAGGGGAGGCCGUCAAGGUGGGACAAAAAGCAGUUCUGUUUCUACGUGA